AUGACAGACGAAAAAGACAUCAAGAGUCAGAUCAAUGAAUACCAUAAGCUAGUGGAUGAUUUGAAGGCUGAAAAAAUUAACUUGCAAGAAGAGUUUGUUGCUGGGUUGCUGAUUGAGAAGCUACCAGAAUCUUGGAAUGGAUACAAGCAACAACUGAAGCACAAGGAAAAGCAGUUGUCACUUGCAGAUUUGAUUGUGCACAUCAUCAUUGAAGACACAAUUCGCAGGGAGAUUAAGGCCUCCAAAGCUAAGGAAAUUGCAACUAAAGCCAAUUUGGUGCAAGACAGAACCCAGCGCCAACAAAGGUACCCUUACAAAUCUGAUCAUAAACCCAAAGCUCUUCAUCCCACCUUCAAAAAGAAGGGUAGUUGUUUUCUCUGUGGAAAGCCAAGGCAUCAUGCAGCACAAUGCAAGAAAAGAGCAAAGGGAAAUAACAAACCUGUUAAUCCAAGAGUCAACUUGGUCAAAGCAGAUAAAUCCGAUGAUGUAAUUGUUGCGGUCAUUUCACAAGCAACUAUGGUGGCCAGUGUGAAGGAAUGGGUGGUAGACUCAGGUGCUACCAGGCAUAUUUGUGCAAACAGAAAUGCCUUUACCUCCUAUACUCCAAUAGGAGAAAGAGAAGAGACAAUAUACCUUGGUGAUUCUCAAACUACUCAAGUUCUUGGUGAAGGGAAAGUCCUUCUCAAGCUCACAUCUGGCAAGACCCUAGCUCUAAAUGAUGUUCUUCAUGUUCCCAAUAUAAGGGCAACCUGA